AUGAUUAUCGUGUUUUUAGUCGAUACCAGUGCCUCCAUGAACCAAAAGUUCUCGAACGGCAUGUCUGCAUUGGAGUGCACCAAAUCGGGGAUAGAGCACCUUGUUAAGCAUCUUCCACAAGUAAAGCCCGCCGAGCGCCACAACGACAAGUAUAUGCUUGUGACGUACGAGGAGGGUGCAGGGUGCGUCAAGUCGUCCCUCAAGGAACCUCUGCCAAAUCUCAUCAAGGAACUCAAAAUCCUCAAGGCACAGGACAUGUCAAAUCCGGGAUCGUCACUCUCUACUAUUUUCGACAUCCUCAGCGCGUACCGUGUACAUCAUAAUAUUGACACACCAGCCAAUCUGAACAUCCCAGGAGUUACAUCCGCAGGAGUCGACUACUACCAUGAACCAUUCCGGUGGGACCAGCGACUCUACACCAUAUUUCUGGAACCAAACGCGGAGAUGGUCGAUCCACAGCUUAGCAUCUUGAGCACGGUUAUGGGAGGAACAAGCUAUCGCGUCCGAACAUUGCGACAUAUGCUUCAGGCCAUGGACUGCAUGCUCGGUAUUAGCAAGAUACCUCCAACACAAUACUCGCCUCAAGCUGUGCUUCACAUCUACGGUGUCGUCGUUAAUUUUGAGGACCUAAUAGUCGAUCUUCGGAGACCAAAUACUGCGAAUCACCAUCAGCUGGUGUAUGUCAAUCCCAACUGGCUUAAUCCUCAAACUCGACACUCCGGGUUUUUCCCUAUCCCAGAGCCCUACUGGCCAGAGGAGAACGCGCAACGGCUUCCCACACGGAACGCUCAACCAACACUGCACUACCACACCAAAGAAGAGAAGGCCGUCGACAUCCCCGACGGAUUCCCUUACGACAAAUAUGUGCUGGCGCCAUGUCCAAUGACUCAGGAACUUCUCACUCGACCCCCCGGAACCUGCUGGCCUGUAUACAUUAAGAACAGCUACAAGACAGAGGGUUUUGGAUUUCCGUUCGGGUUCUUGAAGGCGAAUACAACCAAGAAUGCAGUGACCUUGACAGUGGUUGCUUACAACUACCCGGCACUUUUCACUCUCAUCGUCAAUUUGGGGACAAAUCGAAACCCAUCAACGGAGUGGCGGCGGGACUUUGCCGAGUAUCUUAGCCACACACCGUCCUAUUACUAUAAUGUGAGUAUGAAAGUGUAUGGCCCCGCAACAGGAUCCUACAUUCCUCUCAGGAACGCCCUGAAACGCAUCGGACUUUACAACAUCAUGCCUGCGGAGCAAGGGACGUUGGGACUUGCCAUUCAGAACGUACUUUCAAUCAACAAGCUGAAGGCCAGAGUCGAUUUGGACCGCCUGCAAGCUAUUGACUCAUCAGCACCUGCCGAGGUAGUCGUAUCAAAAAAGCGGACUCUCUGUGCCAACGCUUUCGAUGUACCACGGUCCGAGUUGAUAUCUGUCCUAGGCGACCUUAAGCUGGCUUUCUUCAAGGAACUACAGCUCACUUCCACAACGUCCUUGUCUCUUACCCCAAGCAAUGUCUCAAUAUUCGGCGGUAUUCGAUCAACAGGCGCCAAGGCGGACCUCUUGAUGGAUUCAGACGAUUUCCACACUCUUCCUAUCGCCGACAUGGGAAUCUACCAGGACCGGAUGCAAAAGAUUCAACGAGAGAACCUUAGAGAUCCGUUCCGUGAUGAAGAAUCUGUUAAGUCUCUACAAAAGACCAUGUUCGGAAAUCCCUACAAGCAGGACAAGAAAGUGUCCAUUGACGAAGAGAACGAGGCAUCCGCAGCGGACGACUCAAUGUCAUCCACCAACAGUUCUGGUGGGUCUUCUUGGUCCUCCAUUCUCGGUGGCCGCAAGAGAAAACCGCGCCGCCGUUCAGUAUCUCCGUCGCCUUUCCCGCUUGAAAAGAUUCCAAGCCUCGCCCACGGUGCCAGGUCCGUAUCAGGCAAGGUGCAAGUGGUGUCACUGGGAGCAAGCGCCGGAGUGCCUGGCAUUCCCACGCUGAGAAUUGUUGUCCAGGAGAGCUUUGGCAAGAUACUAUCCACCGAGGAAGAGCCUGAUGCUCUUUCGCGUCGUCCAGGAAUGCAUGAUGGUGAGGACGAAGCUGAGGAUGAUGAAGAUUUUAGGCGGGCAAUGUUCAACUCGGACGAGAUGGAAAUGGACGGCGAAGAUGAAGCAGCUCGUCUGCGAGCUGAUACCCCUAUGCCCGGUGGUAUCGGUUUGGAUGACGACGACGAAUCCAUGGAAGAUAUGCAGCGCGCCCAGGAUUUGAUCCCACCACCUCUUGCAGUUGUCGAUCUUGACGAUAUUGAGCGGAGGAAAGCCGAGCUACCGUUUCUCCAGAACGACGGCUCCGCGGACAUGAAGACGGACGAAUACAUGAAACAUCAACAGGGUAUCGAGCACGACUUGGAGCACUUCAAUGGAUUGACCAAACCAGUCUUCCCAAGUCUUGUGUACGAUCCAACGGCUCUCAUGGAGCUCCAGUCCAUACCGUCGACGAUCCCUGAGCGGUCAGAUCCAGGAGCACCAUAUCCUCCAAAUGGUGUUUCGACUGAUGUCAAGCCGUCGAGUCGAGACGGGGAUGAAUCGACAAUACCGACUGGCAGGAUCGGACCGGAGGCGACCGUGGUGCAAGGCCUGACGCCCAUUCCCAUCCUAUCAUCGCCUGCAAAUGGAGAGCACCAGACCCCUUCCAUCACAGCAUUGGUAACGGACGGCCCAGAUGACGCACGUCCCAAAGAAAGCGUAUCGUUUUCGGUAUCUUCGGAGGUCAGUGCCGAAAGCGCAUUGUCAGGAUUAUCAAUACCAAAAAUCCUUGGCGUGUCAAGAGCCGGUAUGUCGUCAGAGAUGGCCGACCACAAUAGGUCCACCUCAUUGUUGUCGUCCUCGCAAGACACCGAAUAUCGUGUCACUGGCGAGUCCCCUCUGGACUAUAGGAAUGCCAUCAUCAAGGAGCUCAAGAUGGAACCCAGGAGUUACAACGAGACUAUGGUGAUGGAAAUGGUGUGGAAGGUUGAGGGGUCAGACUGGACAAGGGAUCAGAAACAGAUGACGGUGGCGCAUUGUCUCACGGUAGCCCGCGGUUUCCGGCGCCACCCUGUUGUGCUGGCCCUCGAGUCUCUUCGACAAAAUCUCAAAUAA